AUGUCUGGCCAGUUCCGGCAUCUACUGCAGCCCCUGCAGAUGGGCGAUCUGCAGCUCAAAAACCGGGUCGUUAUGGCGUCUCUGACACGAAACAGAGAUAGUGUUCCCCGGGAAAACUUGCAUGUUCCGUACUAUGCCGAGAGAGCCGGUACCGGCCUUAUCCUCUCUGAGGCAGCACUGAUCUGCCCGCAAGGUGUUGAAUGGACCUUCAUGCCAGGCAUCUAUUCCCAAGAACACGUUGAAGGCUGGAAGAAGGUGACAGAAGCCGUGCAUGCCAAGGGGGGACUCAUCUUCUGCCAACUCCAUCACGUAGGCCGAGUAGCACACCCCGAGACCCGAGUCCAACGGGAGUUUGGCCAGCCUGUGCCAGGCCCAUCGGCAGUUGCUGCCAGAGGUGGCAAGUUUCGCAAUGUGCCAGGAGCUCCCGGCUACGUUGUGCCUACUGAGAUUCCAGACCCAAGAGCUAUUAUAGAGCUAUAUAGUAAUGCCUCACGGCUAGCUAAGGAGGCCGGCUUCGACGGUGUUGAAAUCCACAACGCCAACGGUUACUUACCCAUGCAAUUUCUAGAAUCACACAGCAACCGUCGUACAGAUGAGUGGGGAGGCUCUCUGGAGAACAGAAUGCGCUUCUCCCUUGCUUGUCUGGCCAAGAUGAACGAGCACUUCCCUUAUAACAGAAUCGGCGUCAAGAUUGCUCCCUGCGGUGGCUACAACGACAUGGGUGAGCUGGACGCACAAGGAAACCCCUCGCCUGAGAUCGCCUUCGAAACCUACGCUGGGUUCUGCACCGAGCUCAACAAGCUUGGUCUCGCCUAUGUUCAAGUCAUGCGAUGGUGGGAGUCUUACGACUUGAUGAUUGAUGGCAAGCCACGAGGCGUUCAGUGGGACCCCAUUGCAGCGUUAAGGCCAAUUUUGUCCAAAACCUUGCUAUUUGGUAACACAGGCUUUACGCCAGAGGAGGCUGAUGAGUGGAUUGGAAAGGGGUACAUCGACGCUGCAGUCAUUGGCAGACCGCUCCUCUACAACCCCGAUUAUGUCGACAAGAUCCAGAGUGGACAGGCAGAUGCGCUAUACAAGGAACAACCAGGGGAUGAGUACUGGUGGUAG